GGGGUGCUCCGUUUCAUGUGCGCCAGUUAACCAAUGCCCGGAGCACGUGACACGCCCCCGUCGAGCGUAGAGCGCAGAGUGGAACUUGGGCGCCACUGCAGCUGCACGGCUCUCCAACGGAGUCGCCGACAGGGAAAAGCGGACGAAGCAACUUCCAGCAAAUCAAUUGUUGCUGCCUCUUCAUUUUAAUCCGUUCAGUGAUUUGUUAAUAUCGUGGGAGUCCCUAGACUCCAUUUUUUCGGCUCGGGACCAAUCAUAUUUGGGGAAUAGGUGCGAGCGCGGACCGACAAAAAAGAACUGCAGUUUUUUUUAUUCCCUCCCCUCGUGUGGAGGCAGAACACUGGCUGUACUUGUCAGGGUGGUCCCGACGCUCUGCGAGGCUGCACGAGAGAGGAGCUUCAACACGAGCAGAAAUACUGAUCAGUUGAAAAGCCGUCUUUUGACCGAUGUCUGCUGGACGAAAGGGAUGUCCUUGGAUGACUGCGGCGAAGUUAUGCACCUGAAUAUGAGCACGGAAUUACCUGUUUGCUGAACUUGUUGCUGUAUCGUACCCAAUCUUUUGUGGAAAUAAUUUCGGAGACUUUUUUGUUACCAAUAACUGGCAGGAGACCGUGGUUUUGCCAGCAGGAUUGUAACAUUUUUGAGGCACAUUUUUAAGCUUUUUUUUUUAUCUUCGGAGCACACCAGCCUUUACGCAGAGAUGCCUAUCCGCUGGUCCGCACGCCUGUGAUCAGUAUACGGAACUUCGUGUCUGCUUCAGCCGGACGGGGCUUGCAGAUUGUACAGAAUGGCAGCGGGAGUCGCCGCUUGGCUACCCUUCGCCCGGGCGGCAGCCAUAGGAUGGAUGCCGGUGGCGAGCGCGCCUAUGCCGGCCCCGCCACGGGACAAGAGGCGGACGCAGGACGGGCUCAUCAUCCUCAACGUCAGCGGCUCGAGGUUUCAAACUUGGCGAAACACUUUGGAGAGAUACCCGGACACUUUACUUGGAAGCACAGAACGCGACUUCUUUUAUCAUGAGGAGACCAACGAGUACUUUUUUGACCGCGAUCCAGACAUCUUUCGGCACAUUUUGAAUUUUUACCGCACCGGGAAACUGCACUACCCGCGCCACGAGUGCAUCUCUGCAUACGACGAGGAGCUGGCGUUUUUUGGGAUAAUACCGGAGAUUAUUGGGGACUGCUGCUAUGAAGAGUACAAAGACCGCAGGCGAGAGAACGCGGAACGCAUCGAGGACGAUGAGGAUAAAGACAACAGCAACGACUUGCCCCCACCAGACAUGUCGUUCCGCGAGACCAUGUGGCGGGCUUUUGAGAACCCACACACGAGCACCAUGGCACUGGUGUUCUACUACGUCACGGGGUUCUUUAUAGCCGUUUCCGUCAUGGCCAACGUGGUGGAGACGGUGCCGUGCGGGAAGACCCAGAAUCGAGUGGAGAUGUCAUGCGGCGACCGCUAUGCUCUGGCCUUCUUUUGCCUGGACACGGCUUGCGUCAUGAUCUUCACGGUGGAGUACCUGCUCCGGUUGAUGGCUGCGCCCAACAGGUUCAAGUUCGUCAAGAGCGUGAUGAGCGUCAUUGACGUGGUGGCCAUCAUGCCCUACUACAUCGGCCUGGUCAUGAGCGACAACGAGGACGUGAGCGGGGCCUUCGUCACCCUCCGGGUCUUCCGCGUCUUUCGGAUUUUCAAGUUCUCGCGCCACUCGGCGGGCCUCCGCAUCCUGGGCUACACGCUGAAGAGCUGCGCCUCGGAGCUGGGCUUCCUUCUCUUCUCGCUCACCAUGGCCAUCAUCAUCUUCGCCACCGUCAUGUUCUACGCCGAGAAGGGCUCGACCGCCAGCAAGUUCACCAGCAUCCCGGCUGCCUUCUGGUACACCAUCGUCACCAUGACAACGUUGGGUUAUGGAGACAUGGUACCCAAGACCAUUGUGGGGAAGGUGUUUGGGUCCAUCUGCUCUCUGAGUGGCGUGCUGGUGAUCGCCCUGCCUGUGCCCGUCAUUGUGUCCAACUUCAGCCGCAUCUACCACCAGAGCCAGCGGGCAGAGAAGCGACGCGCCCAAAAGGAGGCUGAAACAGAGCCAGUCUCUGAAGAAGCUAACAUGGAAGCGAGACACGGCCCACGCAACAGAGACUCAACCAUUAUGGCCAAGUCACAAAAUCCAAUUGGCUACAUCCUAUCCUUUAAGCCUAAAUCAUAUGUGGAUACUACCUGCAUAUUACCUGCAUAUUACCUGGAUAUUACCUGGAUAUUACCUGGAUGUGAAGAUGCAUGAACUGACCAGAGAUAAUGGGGCCUUUUUAAGGCAAAUGCAUGUUUGCACCUGAAUGUGUAUUGUUUACAUCUGUGCAUUAGAUAUUGUAUGGGCAUGGAGGUGUGUGUGUGUGUGUGUGUGUGUGUGUGUGUGUGUGUGUGUGUGUGUGUGUGUGUGUAUCUGUGUCUGUGUGAGUCUGUGUGUGUCUGUGUCGCUGUGUGUGUUUAUAUUUUAGUUGUUGAUGGUUGAUGGGUGUUGAGUUCCUAUGAACCUGUGUGUGUGUGUGUGUGUGUGUGUGUGUGUGUGUGUGUCGUUGGUGUGGUGUCGUACAAACUGUGGUAUGUUAACUGUGCGUCUCUGUGGGGUGAUCAGUAAGGCUACAUACCAAUCCCACAGCCCACGCUAUCUCACAGAGAAAGACAUGGAAGGAGAGCGUGUGUGUGUGUGUGUGUGUGUGUGUUUGCAUGCAUGCG